AUGAACGAUUCAGACUUAAGAGCAUUCCUUUCUCAAUUCCCUUCCAACGUUCUAUUAGAAUCCCCUUCUGCAACUACGCUUCUCAUCUGCAAUGUCUGUCAAAAACAAUACUUCAGCAGAAAUGGUAAGCGACAAUGCAAAACAUGCAAAGAAUUCUUCAGAAGAUGUGUAAUGAAGAACUUAUCUCUCAAGUGCAAUUUCAAGGGAAAAUGCGAUGUUCAUCACAGUCUGAAACAAAUUCAAUGCAGAUCAUGUAGACUAAAGAAGUGUUUGGAGAGUGGGUUGAAUGCAAAAGACUUUCGCCCAACACAAGUCACUAGACCUAAUUUAAAAGUUCAAGAAAUCAAUGCUGUCCAACGUCUUGAGCUCUCGCGACUCUCAUUUACCGAGAAGAAUAUGAUGAAUGUGACUGAAUCAGACAACAACAAAAAUGUUCAGUUUCUGAAUAUGACUCAAGUGAUCGAAAAUUUUCUCCCUGACAUACUCGAAUGGGCGAAACAAUCGGAACUGUUUGGAGAGCUGAAUCAGAACGAGAAGAUUGAACUUAUCCAAAGCCAAUGGAUCCGUAUCCUUCUUGUCAAAAUCUGCGAGAAUAACGCACAUCUUUUGGAUUUUGAUGAAGAUCUUUCAAGCGUCCUGCAUGCAUAUCAUAGCCUCGGCAUUUCAAAUCAAGAGGCAUUCUGGAUCAAAAAUAUCAUCUUGUUCAUGAUGACAAAAGCAGAUAAGUCAUAUUGUCAUCCUCUACACUUGAAUGAUUUAAUCGCCGAACUCUUCACGUUAUCAGUACUUGGUGGAACGUGUCCAGUUCGGUUUGCAGAAAUCAUGACCUGGAUCGGAACACUUACUAAAAUUUCAUUGGGAGGAGUGCAGAGUAAGUACCAGCAAAAAGUUCGUGAAAUGGUCUAUUUGUGUCUCUAA